AUGGCAAUAGCUAACGGGUUUGCUUACAGCUUGUACAAUCAGCCUCUCUUCGCGGACAUGAUGGUCCAUAUCCAUUACCUUGGCGGCGUCAAACAGAUUCACGCCCACCGUGCGUUCCUCUUCAAGCUCUCAGGCCUCUUCAGGAAGUGGUCUCUUGCCCCAUCGAAGAACCCCCACGAAAAUGUGUUUGACAUCAAGAACCACAACCUCGCAGUCGUCGAGAAAUGCCUCCGCUACUUCUACACCGACCGAUACCCGGUCUCACUCGUCACCGACACCAACGGCGACAAGCUCGUGACCCACGUUUUGAUCCACCUGUGGGCCGAAGAGUACAAGGUCCCGCGUUUGCAGAAGGCCUCCGCUAGAGCUUUUCGCAAGGAUGUGUCCACCUGCUCUCUGAGCGAAAUCCAGAAGUUCGCCGCUUUAUAUCAGGUGCUAUACGAGAAGAAUGUGGAUAGCAACAGCCCAAUGGGCAAAGCGGUUGCGGAGAGCCUGCCUCGUGACAAGGACAACAUCCCGCCAGCUCCGGUGGGAUGCGUCAUAAGCUAG